CACUCCGAAAUAAAGAGAAAUCCCAUUAUCUUCUAUAUUCCAACGAUAUUUCUACUUCCGUUUGCUAAUAUUUGUCUCGCUUAUAUUCAUCCGCUUCAAAAUUCUCCAUCAGAAAAUCAGAUGCGGAUGCCAGCCCGUAAGGGCCUGAGCCUCCUUCUGUUGGGCCAGAAAAACGAGGACAAGCCCAUGAGAGUGGCCCCGUGGACUCAGUACCAGUUGGUGGACCAAGAAACCAAUCCCGACCUCCAGCUGGCGCCUGGCAAGAAACGCCUCGUCCGCAGGUGCGCCUCUUUCGUGUGCUUCGGCCGAGCCACUGCCACCGGCCCCGAAGGUCCAUCCAAGCCGAAUGUGGGGCCCACCGAGAACCGAGAAUUCCGGCAAGGAUCUCGAGAGCGUGAUGGCAUUAAAGAUGCAGCUCAUUCGGUUGAUUGUACUGUUGAUGGUGAUAACAAUGGACAGAUAGGCAUUAGUCGCAAGAGUAGCUUGAAGAGAUCAGACAUUGCGGGCGCUGUUGUUGAUGAUGGCAGCUGUGGAAAUAGCAACAAGCUUGAUUCGUCAGACGUCACUUGUGAAACGGGAAGGAGGAAAGUUCAGUGGGCAGAUGCAAUUGGAGGAGAACUUUUUGAGAUUCGAGAGUUCGAGAUGAGUGAAGAUGGAUCAGAUGAUGAAUUUGAUCAUGCGAACGAGAAGACUUGUGCAUGCAGGAUAAUGUAGCCAGAUCUCUUCAUUGUGGGCUCUUGUGAGCUUCAAUUGAAACAAGGCAGUCUCUACUGUGUUUGCUAGAAUUUUGCCAUGAGCCAAAACCCGGUCCAUAAUCCCCUAGCUCGAUUGUUGGAAGAUGGGUAAACAAAAUUUGUGAGGCAAUGCCGGAUAAUACGAUGGCUAGUCAUUGAUCUGCAUUAUCCUUGGUAUUGCUCUCACUGCAGUUUUGGUGCAAUGGGUUCUUCAAUUAUCUAGUUGAAUAUUCGUUCUCUUUUGCCUUUUCAAAUUAGGGAGUUUUUUCUUUCCAUUUCUUGGGCUGAUUGUGGAUGAUGAUUUUUGUUAUUAUUUUGUAUCUUGUAGCUGUCCACCCGAUCCAUGGGGAGUAGAAUUUCAUUUCAAACAUGUGUAAAGUUUAAACUGAAUUUCAACUGGCUGAGUAAGAUGAAAUUGAUUUACUACCAUAAGAUGGAUGGAACUUAUUGGUGAG